AUGUUCUCCUCCAGACAGAGCUCCAGCUCGCGCUGCCUGGCGCCCUGCGCCGUGUCCUGCCCCGAGCCGCUGGCCUGCGCCUGGAGCCAGCCCUGUGUCACCUCCUGCGGGGACUCGCGGGCUGUCAUCCACCCCCCGCCCGUGGUGGUCACCUUCCCGGGGCCCAUCCUCAGCUCCUGCCCGCAGGAGAGCGUCGUGGGAUCCUCGGCACCUUCCGGAAGCUUCCUGGGAUCCGGAAACUUCCUGGGAUCCGCGGGUUCCUACGGCUGCUACAGCUACGGGAGGUCCUACUCCUCCUACGGAUCCUCCGGGUUCGGGGCUGGCAGCUGCCGGCCCUGUUAA